UUUUUCUCAAGGUUGACAGAGAGGUUUGUGAAUGGGGUGGAUGUAUUAAUGGACACAUUCUGGAGAAUAUGGACUGAUUUGUUAGAUGUUCUUGGAAUUGAUGCCUCCAACCUGACUCAUUAUUUCAGCCCAGCAGCCAUUGCCAACAACCCGACGCGCGCCCUCCUGCUGAUCGGUGCCAUUUUGCUGGCCUACUGGUUUUUAUCUCUGUUCCUCGGAUUCUUCUUCUAUCUGCUGCACAUGCUGUUCGGCCGCUUCUUCUGGAUCGCCAGGGUGGCGCUGUUCACCCUGUCCUGUGUGUACAUCCUGCAGAAGUACGAGGGGGACCCCGAGCACGCCGUGCUGCCCCUCUGCUUCGUGGUGGCCGUCUACUUCAUGACGGGCCCCGUUGGCUUUUACUGGAGGAGGAACAGCAACAGCAGCCUGGAGGAGAAGAUGGACCACCUGGACAGCCAGAUCAGGCUGCUGAACAUCCGCCUCUCCAGGGUGAUUGAGAACCUGGACAGGGGCGCUGAGCAAUGAGCCAGCCCCCGCUGACCACUGAACACCAGCUCUGGAAAAACCCUAAGCACUGUCUCAUCCGAAGUUACAAAGCAACAAAACAUCACAUGGUAAAAAGUGUGCAAAGUUAUAACUUUUCAUCGUGUCUAAGACUAAUUUAUCUAGGUUAAACACUCAGCCGUUAGACUUCUAGGAGAAAGAAACAACAUUUACAAAAUUCAGCUGUAUAUUCAGAGUUUUAUCCAGUACUAGAAUUUUCUCAGUAGAUAAACGCUUACUUUUACAAGCAUUUAAAAACAUCUUUUGUAAGGUUUUUAUAAAAGCAAAUUGAGUAGUCUUUCAGAUAUUGAAAUUGAGUUAAACAUAUGCAAAUUUGACACUUUAACAGUUAAAAAGAAAAAAAAAAAUCUCAAGCUACCAAGCACUUCCAUUGAGAAGUAACUGCUGUGGGUCCAUAUUUUUUCUUCAGAGUUGUGAAUGUUUUUGUGUUUUUGUUGGCUUAUUUCAUUGCCUUGAAGUUGCCUUUCAUAGAGUAUCAGAUGAGGAAUUUUCUGGUAUCCAGGCCAAAAAAUUCACACCAUAGCUUUUAACAGGAGGUGGGGAAUGAGGGAGAAGGAAGAUCUGAAGUCCUUAAAUGCCAGUCCAGUGUGAGGAAGCACACGUGUGGCAUUUUAUCAUUGCAUUUCAUCCCGAGAGCUUUAAUUUGUUAGUGUCUGGAAGGAAAUCUGCUUUAAUAAAUUGGCACAGAAGGAAGAUGUAGCGUGACAAAUUGUAAUUCAUAUUUGAUCUGCACAGUGAAGCAUUUUCCAAGCUUAAGUGCAUAGAGUAAAACAUGGUUUUUAAUCUCAGGACCCACGUACCUUCUCAGAAAAGGCAGCAGUUCAAACACGUGCAAAUGUAUUGUUGCUUAAAGCUUUCUCAGGACCAAUCAGCGGCAAUAAAUUACCUUCAGGAAGAUCUGGAUUUUUUUCUAAAAUUCCAAUAGUUUUAUAGGAGCUUUUUGCUUGAAGUCUCUGUCCUCGUUAGGUUUUGGGAAAAGCGAGUCACCUUUAGGAGGAGGGUGUAGGAAACGGUUCCCUUUCAAAGCACUGGAGCUUUGGAGCAAUUUUUAUUUUGCAGGAUUUCUGUGUUUCUUACAUGGUAGGGCAUCACUGGCUGUGCUGGUUUACUGAAACAAAGGGAAGCUCAGGGAAGGAAGGCUGAACUGUGGUUUCACCUGGAAACAGCAGCAUGCAAGGACACGGGUGUGAGCAGGGAGGGAAGCACCUGCCCCUGGUGAUGAGCACAGUUCUGAUAGCGCCAGGGGUAGGAUGGAGCACAGCUGGAGCAUUCCAUAUCCCAUAGGGUCCAAACGAACAGCUGCAUCAAAAAACGCAACAAAAAUUGGUCUGGGAUGGGGCCUGGCUGCAAGGCAAGGGGACCAGGAGGAGGAGGAGGAGGAG